CCACAUAAUCCAUAAUCUGUUUCACCUGGUGUCUAAUGUUAACAUGAUAAAGAUAGAUAAUUCAUGUGUUCAUCCAUCCAUAUGAUCCUACAGAAGAUAUGUCAAAUUAAGACUCCCUCCUGCCCAUACAUGGGUCGGCUUUUACUGGAGACCUGAUGAUCUUCUGCAAACCUGUAACAUUAGUUAGUGAGUGAGUCGUGGUGAGGAGGAAACAAUAACUUGACUGUUUCUGUUGUGAUCUUGUCAUUUGUUUUACAGGUUUCAACAUAGGGUUUUUUCUUUUUAUAGUAACUUUAAACACUUAACCAUAUGAGCUUGUAUGAUGUCAGCAUAAGAUCUGUAAUGGCUUUCAACAUUUUGUCAGUUUUAGCAAAACUAUGAUUUAUGCUAAAGCCCCUAAGUCUGUGGUAAUUUAGUUCACAACAAAUGCAUAUAGCAAUAUACAGAAUGCAAGACAGAUAAUUAUUAAUGUUUUACUGAAGUAGUACUUAUUUACAAGCAUUUAUUUUUUAUUGGACACACUUAAUCUGGGUCCUUAUUCAGGAACAAGGAAAGCCUCAGAAUUAGGAUUUACUACGUGUCAACUGGUUUAAUGCUUCUUAUUUAAAAUAUAUCGUUUGCUAAGCUUUAUUACCUAAAGUUGAAAUCCUUUCUUCUGGAGGAACCACUAUGUCUAUAAUUUCCUUAACUUCAUUAGGCCUAUGCAGCCAAUAACUUUAUUAUAACAGUUUUAGUGACUACAAAACAUAAUGAACAUGAACAAAUCCAUUUGGAGGUCUAUAUGAUUCCCCUCUUAAUGGUAUUUGGAAAACAAUUGUAAUGUACAGAAGAAUCUCCUCUUGCAGUAUGCUGCCAUCUGUCGGCAGGUGAAUGUUUACCUGCUGUUUGUAGGUGAACUAGCUUCACUUCUCACUCAUUCUAAUUCAUUUACUUUCCCACAAAACAACCACAUGAUGAACCGACAGAGUAAAACUCCACCAAACCUUUCAGCUAAAGGUGCUAAAGCAGCAGCUCCAGCCUUCAAACAGCAGCCGCAGCAGCCUGGAAGAAUACCCCAGGAGUUCAAAGAAGCUAUGCUUCACAUCCCAGUGAAGCCAGCAGUCAACUCACAGCCGACAUUUGCUACGGCUGCUAACGCAAAACCAGCAAAGAAACGUCCAGCGCACACCUCUGUUGAUAAAUGGAAGUCUUCGUUUCAACCAUUAGGAGAUGAAAAUGACUCUAUGGACGAAAGCAAUGAAGGUUCACGAAGGGCUGAGAUUUAUGAUCCUUACGAUCCCGUCUCGUCAGACUCUGAGCACGAGAUGCUACAAGCCCAAAACCGUAACCAGUCACCCCCGGAUCAGGACAACCAACUGGAACAUCAGCAUUUGUCUCCAGGUCAAGACUGCCAGAAAAAACGCCGCUUUGCCUCAACCUUCAUUGAGUCAGUGGGCAUCGACAUGCAGGACUUGAGCCCUGAAACUGGACCCAGCGAGGGUCGAGAUCUCAGUCCAGAUCAUAGACCACCAGAUCAUAGACUACCUGACCAUAGACUGCCUGAACGACAGGCUUAUAGCCCCAGCACUGAAUCACAUGACAUUUCAGGUUAUGACUCCAUGAGAAGACAUCUGGACCACAGAGUGGACAGCCCUGACCGGUUCAUUCACGACUCCUCCACCCAACACUUUCCUCCAUCCUAUGGAGAACAGCGGACCAACGGGGAGGAGACGAUCACAGUCCCAGAAUACAUGAGAGAGAUGACCAAAGUUAGAUUAUCCCCCCCCAGGCUACAGAGGGACUAUCCACUUCCGUUGGAAUCCAGGGGAACAGGUUCUACUGGAUUGGACCCCGUUCCACCUUCAUCUGAUGUGCCAAGAAUCAGGAAGUUGAGAAUGAUAAUGGACACUAUCCCCUGUGACAUCUCCUGUGACCUUUGUGACGUUGAGUUUAUCAAUGGCUUGGAGCUGGAGGAUCACUUGGAGAGCAAGAGUCAUUGGGACAUCCUGGAGUACAUCCAGCAGCACAAUAACUAUGAGGAUGUGACUAUAGCCUUCAUACAGGAAGUCAUGCUGCAUAAAAGCCAUCAGUGCACCCGAACCAUAGAGAGUAGUGCACUGCAAGCUCUGCAGGAAAACGACCACAUGACAAAGAUUGAAAUGUUCCACUGUGCAGCUUGCAGCGUCUUCCUAUCCACAGCUGCUUCCUCAGUGCACGCUCACAUCACCUCUCAGGAGCACCUCGUCAACACCAAGGAUUUUCAGGUGGAGCGGGGACUUUCCUGCCUUGACAAAGCAGAAUCCAUUAUGAAGAAGCUGAAACAUCAGUUUGAACACUUCCUGGAGGGUGGCAGCCCAUUUGAAUGAUGCGAACCAAUGGAAGUCUCCAAAAGACAGCUGAUGAAGAACCCUGGAGUUAAACCACCAUCACCACCCGUAAAUGAAGCAUUUGAGUGGUAUAUUGCAGUCAUUCAGGAUUUGUCUGAAUAAAGAGUCUCAUCUUGUAUCAAGGUUUGUUCACACCAUAUGGAUUUGCUUGUCCCUUUGUCACACAUUGUCUGUCACAUUUGGUUAUUGUUAUCUACAUCUAAUGUGCAUCACCAUUUGAGCCUUUCAAGAGGACAAAGUGUGUAGUAUUAUUCAUUUACAGAUUUAAUGUUUCUUUAUAUUUUAUGUGAAGAAAAAUAAAUAUUGAAAAAGACAA